AAUAAGGUUUCAAGCACUUACUUUGGUUGGUUUUAAAAAUAGUCCAUUGUUCUUCUGUGAAAGUGUUGUUUUGCUAGGUACAAAAAUGUGUAGUGAUUUUGAAACAUUCCAUACGGAAGUUCUCCAAAUUCCAAUUUACUUUCUUUAUAAAUCCCCACCAUCGAAUCUGACAGAUUUGGAAAAUUUUUUGAAUGAAAGCAUAUCAUCAGAAGUGGUAAUUUUAUCUCUCCAACCGUUUUCUAUUUUUGAACUGAGUUCGGUUUUCUCUCACCCUCGGAGUUUUGUAAGAAGCAGUGUCGACCAGGUAUUGAACCAUCGAGUGAAGAGUAUAAGGGAAGAUUUGAGAGGAACUCAUAUCGUAGGAGCUUUCAUGCUGUAUCCACCGUUUCUUAUAGCCCCAGAUGGAGUAGACAAGCCAGAAACAUUUGAUGGGAUAGAAAUCUUACUAUUCCGCCAACUGUGCCAGCAACUCAAUUUUACGGUGAGCUACUCCGUCUUCUACAACUGGGGAGAAGUGGGCAGUGACGGGGUAUGGCAGAGUGGGGUUGGUCAGGCCAUGCAGCAGGGCAAAACUCGGAUAGCAGUUGCCAACAUUUGGGAGUUCUCUUCUCUCCACAAAAUCAUGGACUUCGGUCCCACCAUAACCAAGGCCUCUCUUGGAUUUAUAGUGCGACGACCUGAGCAGAUGGAUUUUGAUUGGAAGAGUCUUGUAGCAAUCUUUAAACCUGAAGUUUGGCUCGUUACUUUGCUAUCUUUUGCGGUGACAUCUGUUGUAUAUUGGAUUGGAAUAAGCAGAAGAAUUAGAACUUAUCAGAACGACUGGACGUUCAGUGCUGUAGCUGUAUUCGGACACUUCACCGUAUCCACUUCUCACAGCUACCUAGAGACUGACAGCUUCUCUCGCUACGUGCUCACCAUCUGGUCCAUCUUCUCUCUACUGCUGACUACUAUGCUCUCAAGCGGCAUCUACUGCAGCUUAACUCUGCCACUAUACUCUCCUCGUGUUGAUACUUUGCGUCAGUUGGUUGAAGGUGACUACUACUGGACUGCCCAAUACUAUUUGAGGUUAACAAAUGAAGAGAUUAGACACUCCAUGUUCAACUUUCAGAAUCACUGGAACUGCCUAUUUGAGAAGAAUUAUAAAUACCUUGAGCAGUCGGAGGUUGAAACUGUGACAUACUAUGAUAAAAAGAUAACAUUUUUAGUUCAAACAUAUGGAAAUGAUCUGAUUAUUCUUGAUACUAUGGGGUUACAUGGCCAUGAGGCGCUGCCUUCUUUUAGAAUGGUAGAAGAAGUAACCAGUGAUACCUUUAUCACCUUUGGUGUGGAAAAAAACUCACCUUUAUUAGAACCACUGACAAAAAUGACUGUUCGGUUUUUGGAGUUAGGCUUGCUGGGUCAGUGGAAAGCCGCAGUGAUUCGUCGCUGGCCGAAGCAUGAUACAACACACUUACUAGAGGAAGAAGAUGAUCCUAGCUUUGAUGAGCCUGAAGUUCUCCAGAUGAAGAAGAUGAAGCCGAUAUUUUAUUUGCUUCUUGUGGGAAUUAUGUUUUCUACAGUUAUAUUCUUUUUUGAAAUCAUUUGGUAUUUUAGUUAGGUAGUUAGAAAAAAGAUAAUAAUCAGAGGUAUCAUAUAGGAUCAAGCAAUUUUGUACUACUACUAAGAAAAUAUAUUUGAUUUUCAACCUUAAAAUUUUGAUGGUAAUGUUAUAUUUGGAUUACUGGAAAUA